AUGUACUGUACUCUACAACUAAAUGUAAUACAUACACUGCCCCUCCCUCUAACUACACAGUUUGAACUUAGACACGGGUGUGAACCCCACGAGAAUCUGCAGCAGUUUGGAUGGACCAGACACGAUGGUAACGCAUUCGGUCAGCAACAGAUAGUGGACGACGGCAUCGUACUGACCACCGAGUUUGUGAAGUUUCCUG